AUGGAUGCCAAAACCACCAGGACCCCCACAGGGAGCUUGCAACAGCAAGCUCCCGCACGCCCAGGGGCUGCCCCAGCUCCGGCUCCUGCACGCCCAGCGGCUCCCGCACGCCCAGGGGCUGCCGCAGCUCCGGGAACACCGGCACGCCCUGCGGCUCCCGCACGCCCAGGGGCUCCCGCAGCUCCCGGGACACCAGCACGCCCAGAGGCUCCCGCACCUCCGGGGACACCCGCACGCUCAGGGCCCUCCGCGCAACCCAAGAACGUAGCACCGGGUGCGCCAAAAGAUGCAACAUCAACACCCACCCAGCCACCGCAGGUGCCCAAGAGCGAAGCUGAGAAGGCCGCCAUGCAAAAGCGUGCGGAAGGACGGGCCCUAGUCCCAGUCAAAUUCAGGGACAGCUUCAAGCAUUUUUUCUUCACGCCCACGGGAAUGAUGAAGGUCAUAAGGCUGGGUCUUCUCAUAGGAGCACUAGUUUCUUUCAUCAUUGCGAAAGCCCAUGAGCCGUACAUAGCCAUCACAGUUCUGGAAAUCUGCAUCGUUCUUUUUUUUAUUCUAAUAUAUAUGCUAACCCUUCACCACUUGCUGAUUAAUUUAGAUUGGUCCUUACUUGAUCUUGUCAACAGUUUCAUUACAGCUGUGUUCCUUUUAAUAGUUGCCAUCCUGGCGAUGCAAGAAAUGGAAAGAAGGCACUUAUUCUAUGUUGGAGGGACCCAGUGUCUUACAGCGGCAAUCGUGUGUAUCCUGGAUGCGAUUGUGGUCACCAAGAAGAUGAGGAAUAAAAUGAGAAGACUCCUGGGACUCGAAUAUGAAAGCAGUUCCUCCCUGCUCCUGGAACCCAAGAAGACACCUGAGCCAGGACCCACUCCGGCACCCGGGAAAGCAGGCACGCCGGCAGCGGGGAAAGCACCCACGCCCACAGCCGAGAAAGCAGGCACAAGGGCAGCAGGGAAAGCAGGCACGCCGGGAUCCUCCAAACCACCCACGCCGGGAUCCUCCAAACCACCCACGCCGGGAUCCUCCAAACCACCCACGCCCGCACCCUCAAAAUCACCCGCAGCAGCACCCGCGAAGGCACCGGCGAAGACACCUGCAAAAGCACCCGCGCGGGCAGCUGGAAAAGCACCCACGCCCGCAGCGGGAAAGGCACCCACGCCGGCAGCGGGAAAGGCACCCACACCGGCCCCCGCCGCAGACGCCAGGCGCGCAUCCACCCAGGCAUCCUCAAAGGCAUCCUCGAAGCCAUCCACGAUGCCAUCCUCACGGGCACCCUCGCUGCCACCCUCGUGGACAUAA